UCUGUGUGUAUACACUGGGUGGGCGUAUGGAUGGUUAGGCAGUGAGUCUCCAGCUGCUGUGCGGAGUGGAACGCACAGCGCAGCCGACACACCAAACCCAUUCCUCCAGUGGAUUCUCUUUAACUUUACUUGUAACCUGAAUGACAGUGUUUGGGUAGAGGACACAGAAACAUGGAGGCACGGCGCUGUUCUUUAUCUUUACGGGGAGCUUUGUCAGUCUUCUUCCUCACUGCCCUGCUGGAGCCUGGGAGUGACGGAGUACCUCCUUUUAAUUACCCUAUGAAUCAGCUUUGUAAGUUCUGUGACCUGGAGCUCUCCUCAUGUAACGGUACAGGGACCUGCAUGUCCAACUGCACCAUUACAUCCAUCUGCGCCAGCAACAGCGAGGUCUGUGUUGCUAUCUGGAGAAAGAAUGAGACACAUUUCUCUAUUGAAACACUUUGCCAUGAUCCGUCCAAGCCGCUGCAUGGCAUUAUGCUGGAUAACUAUAACACCUCCACCUGUGUGACAAAGGAGAAGAAUACAACAGGUGGGGUGGCUCACAUCUGCUCCUGUACUGACGAAGAGUGUAACGACAAGCUCAUAUUCUCCCCUGAUGUAGAUCCAACUCCAGGUGAUCCAUUGGUUCCUGUAAUCCUGGUGAGCCUGCUGCCCCUGCUGGUGAUGGGGAUUGUGAUUGUGAUAAUGUUCUACUUGUACCGAGCUUACCAGCAACGCAUGCACAACCAGGAGUGGGAGAGCAGCAUUAAGAAGCGCAAGCCAAAAGCUGGAGGGCUGGACUGCAGCGAUGCCUGUGCCAUCAUGUUGGAUGAUGACAGGUCAGACAGCAGCUCAACGCACGCCAACAACCUGAACCACAACACUGAGCCACUGCCUAUAGAGCUGGAUCUGCUGGUGGGAAAAGGUCGAUUUGCUCAGGUAUACAAGGCUAAGCUGAAGCAAACCACCUCAGAUCAGUUUGAAACCGUGGCUGUGAAGAUUUUCCCCUUUGAGGAGUACGCUUCCUGGAAGAACGAGAAGGACAUUUUCUCUAAUACGGACCUUAGGCAUGAGAACGUCCUCCAAUUUCUGACAGCUGAGGAGCGGAAGGUGGAGAAACAGUACUGGCUUAUCACUGCCUUCCACCCAAGAGGAAACCUGCAGGAGUACCUGACACGUCAUGUGAUCAGCUGGGAGGAGCUGCAGGUGCUGGGCAGCUCUCUGGCUCGGGGUGUCGCCCACCUCCACAGUGACAGACUCCCCUGUGGACGCCCUAAGGUGCCCAUAGUCCACCGUGACUUGAAGAGCUCCAACAUCCUGGUAAAGAAUGACCUGACAAGCUGCUUGUGUGACUUUGGGCUUGGACUUUGUCUGGACAGCAGCCUGUCUGUGGAUGACCUCGCCAACAGUGGCCAGGUGGGUACAGCACGUUACAUGGCUCCGGAAGUGCUGGAGGCCCGGCUCAAUCUGGAGAACAUUGAGUCCUUCAAACAGACUGACAUUUACUCCAUGGCCCUGGUGCUGUGGGAGAUGACAUCCAGGUGUGAAGCAAUUGGAGAGGUGAAGGAGUACGAGCCUGCAUAUGGCUCUAAAGUGCGAGAGCACCCCUGUGUGGAGAGCAUGAAGGACAACGUGCUGAGAGACAGAGGAAGACCUGAGAUCCCAGACACCUGGCUCAGGCAUCAGGGUGUGGCAGUGAUCUGCGCCACCAUAAAGGAAUGCUGGGACCACGACCCUGAGGCCCGACUUACCGCCCACUGUGUUGCCGAACGCAUCUCUGAGCUGGAAGACGAGAUGGACAAGCUAUCCAGCCGCAGCUCCUCAUCAGAGAAGAUCCCUGAGGAGCUCAAGGUCCCAAUAGAGGUGGAGAUCCCAGAGAAGGAAGUGAAAAUCACAGAGAUACAAGACAUCAUAAUUAUGGACCGCUCUGUCAGUGACGAGAAGUGAGAGGAGGCACUACACCCUCCCGAAAAUUUUUCAACAAGGCCACUUAUUCUACUUUGAUGGGAAUUCUCAAAAAUGAUGUUCACGAGCGGAGCUCUUGCAGAAUUGAAGGCAGAAUGGGUUGAGUCACAGCGCUGUAAAUUUUAACCCAGCAAAGACUCGCCUUAAUCAGCUGAAAAAGCUAAAGAGCCCCAAAGCCAAAGUUAACUGGAAGUUUCCAAAGAUGUGCACGGAGACAGUAUUUCUGAAGAGCCAGAC